AUGAUGACAUUUGACAAUGCUGAAGAAUUGGAAAAAGUGGCUAGACUACAUCCUGAUGCUGAGUUACCCUUCUAUGCUGUGAAAUGCAACACAGACCUUGUUCUUAUUCGUGUCCUCGCUUCUCUAGGAGUAGGAUUUGAUUGCGCAAGCCGAGAAGAGAUUGACAUCGUUAUGGACAUGGGUGUGACGGCGGAUCGUAUAAUCUAUGCGAAUCCAUGCAAGACGCGAUCAUUCAUUACACAUGCUAAGGAGAGGAAUGUAACGAUGAUGACAUUUGACAAUGCUGAAGAAUUGGAGAAGGUGGCUAGACUACAUCCUGAUGCUGAAAUGAUCCUACGCAUUGCCGUGUCGGAUCCGACCGCUACUUGUCCUUUAAACCUAAAGUUUGGAGCUGAUCCGGUAAAGGAUGCUCCACAACUACUCGUUCAAGCUAAGCAGCUAGGCGUGGAAGUUAUUGGAAUAAGCUUCCAUGUUGGCUCUGGCUGCAACGAUCCUACUGCAUAUCGUGAAGCUGUGGCGCAUGCGCGAAAUCUUAUGGAUAUUGGGGAAGGAUUAGGUUUUUGCAUGAAAAUUCUUGAUAUGGGAGGCGGCUAUCCAGGAGCUGCUCAUCACACUUCUUUUCAAAGCGUAAGUUCAUGGGUAAUAUUUGUGGGUAAACUAUGUAACUCAGGUUAUAUGUUUCAGAUUGCAGCAGUAAUUCGUUCAGCAGUGGAUGAGUUCUUCCCGGAUAGUAUGGGUGUGCGCUUGAUCGCUGAACCAGGAAGAUUCUUCGCUGCAGCACCAUUUACUCUAGUUUGCAAUGUGAUUCAUGCAACUGAGGUCCCUGCAGAUAAGAUUACAAAGAAACCCGAAGAUUCCGAGCAUCGUGGCUACAUGUACUACAUCAAUGAUGGAGUCUAUGGCUCCUUCAACUGCAUUCUCUUCGACCAUGUUCAUCCCGAAGGGAUGCCACUAUUUGUGGGUUUUUGCUUGAAUGAAAUAGCUGAGGAAUAUCCAACUACCAUAUGGGGCCCUACAUGUGAUAGUUUGGAUAAAGUGGAAGAUAAAAAACAUAUGCGCCGACUCUCCAUCGGUGACUGGAUUAUGUAUCCCAAUAUGGGCGCCUAUACCUGUUCUGCAUCUACAACUUUCAAUGGAUUUCAAAGACCUACACCAAUUUAUGUGAUUGGAAGAGAAAAUUGGUGA